UGUCGCUGGUUUAGGGUACACUCUACCUACUCAAAUAAAGCUAUAUAUAUAUACAUAUAUAUAGGUAAACCCUAUAAUACGGCAGCUCGUUAACUCUUAUAAUAAACAUAAUCAUAAUAAUGCUUUUGUUUUUCUGAAUUCGAACAAUUGAAUCGAAAGCUUAAAAUUCAAAGUAAUCGCAUCCUGGCGAAACGAUCUAGCGCAGCAUAAAACUAAAUUAAAUCGCGCCAGUCAAGAUGUCACCCAAAGACGGUGGCGGCAUCGAUUUGUCCAAGCAUGCGAACAAGUAUACGCUCAGUACGCCCACAGUGCCGGCCAUACAGCUGAGCACGGAGAAGCAAACGGAGACGCGCACAACGGACACUGGAGCAGCAGACACUGGCACGUCAACGGGCAUGCCGCGCACAUGGCGCGAGAAGCUGCGUCUGGUGGCCAACAAUAUAACAGUGGAGCCCAUACUGGCGGCCUAUAUAAUGCCCAGCGUGCUAUCGAAUCUGGCAACGCAGAAUCUGAAUCUGGAGAAGGCGUGUCGCGUGAACAUGGCGUAUGGCGAUGAGAUUUGCGAUGCGUUGACGCGCAGACAGACGGCGAACUAUACGCUCGAGGAGGAGACAGUGCAGCAAAUGGUGGCGCGCAUGGCUGCUUGGAAGACAGUGAUACAGUCGCUGUUUCCUUGUCUGCUGAUUUUGUUCUGGGGCAGCUGGAGCGAUCGCCAUCGUCGUCGCAAGCCCUGCAUAUUGAUACCAGUGGUGGGUGAGUUCCUGGGCGUUGUCGGUCUGAUGCUCUGCGUUUACUUUGAGAAUGCGCCCAUGGAGGCGGCGGCGCUAACGGAGGCAAUCUUUCCAUCGCUAAGCGGCGGCUGGUUCACCAUGCUCAUGGGCGUCUUCAGCUAUAUAGCGGACAUCACCACCGAGGAGGAGCGCACAUUGCGCAUCGGCAUACUCAACGUUUGCUUCUCGGUGGGCGUGCCCAUUGGCAUGGCCUUCAGCGGCGUGCUGCUCAAGCAAAUUGGCUUCUAUGGCGUGUUCAGCAUCUCUGCCGCUUUCUAUGUGCUGGCCUUUGUCUAUGGCUUCUUCUUUCUGGACGAGCCAGUGGCGCGGCCGGAGAAGACUGCGCCGCAGCGCAGCUUGCUGGCGGAUUUCUUUGACAAGGAGCAUGUGGUGCAAACGUUUCGCGUGGCCUUCAAAAAGGGCGAGAAUCAGCGCAGGCAGCGCGUCAUUCUGCUCAUGAUUGUCGUCAUGGUCAUCAUUGGUCCGCUCCAUGGCGAAAUGGCAGUGACUUAUUUAUUUACGCGCUUUCGCUUCAACUGGUCGGAGGUGGAGUUCAGUUUCUUCUCCACUUAUGCCAUGUUUACGGGCCUGAUUGGCGUCAUCUUUUGCGUGGGCAUAUUGUCGCAUAAGCUGGACAUUGAUGAUGCGCUGGUGGGCGUGCUCUCGAGCACUUCGAAGAUUCUCUCCUCAUUUGUUUAUGCGUUCGCCACGCUGCCCUGGCACAUGUAUCUGGGCGGACUGGUGGAGAUCUUCAAUGGCACCGCGUUCAUUGCCAUGCGCUCGAUUGCCACCAAGCUGGUGUCCAAGGACGAGCUGGGCAAGGUCAACUCGCUGUUUGGCGUUGCCGAGGCGCUCAUGCCCAUGGUCUUUGCCCCCAUGUACACCACGCUCUACGCCGCCACGCUGCGUGUCCUGCCGGGCGCGUUCUUUCUGCUCGGCGGCGGCCUCACCAUGUUCUCUGUGAUUAUAUUUCUCUGGAUGUAUCGCUUCCAGGUGCGCAUGCGUCGCCAGGCUGGGCCACGCUCCGAUGCGGAGCGCGCUUCGUUUCGCGAGGCCAAUGGCAACAUCAAUGCGAUUGAGGCUUUGGCGCUUGCCAGCGAGGCCAAGGGCCAGCUGAAUGGCAUUAUAUCCAAUGUGAUACACGAGUCCCUGGAGCAUGCCGAGGCGCCACCACCACCACCAGCGGCAGUUGUGGCAGCGGAGCCGCAGCAGCUGACGCGGCAAAAUGGAAUUGAGAAUCGCGCAUUUGUGCAGGAUGCGCUCGAAAAUAAAAUGAAGGAUGCCUAGGCCAAUCUAUUUCCACCCCUACCCCACCCAACUCUUAGCCCUACCUCUUUAGCCACGCCCACUUGUUGUUGGUCCUGUGUGUGUUUAUAUGUAUUAUUAUGCUUAUUAUAUAGAAUUUGUUACACGAUCAGCAGAUCGAUCUAUCUAUACGAUUUGUAAAUUGCUUAGCUCGUAAGUUUUCCAGCCCAGAGAACACAUUCACACAUUCUUUCUCUCUCUCUCUCUCACUCUCUCUCUCUAUAUGCUAUAUAUGAUUUUUUUUUGGCUUUUUUUUUGUCA